GAACUCCGCCUGUAGCUCUUCCAGAGUUACUGCCGGUCCCAAGCCCGGGUAAAGGAGGAGGGUUGGGCAUGGGGUUAGCGUCCCCAUCCCGUAGAAACCUAACUCGCUAAAAAAACGCUAACCAGAAAAAAUAACUCAAACCAUUUAAACCCUGCCCUGGGAGUUAGAGGUAAUAUGACGCUUCAUGGUGAAAGCCGAGUUCCUUCGGAAGCCACGAGGCCGAUGCCCCUUCUAACAACCAGAGCAACAAUUUUUAUAGGUACAUGGAACGUCCGGACAAUGUGGGAGACCGGGAAGACCAGUCAAAUAGCAACGGAAAUGAGGAGAUACAACUUGGCAGUACUGGGAAUCAGUGAAACCCAUUGGACCCAAGCUGGACAACAAAGGCUAAAUACGGGAGAGAUGCUGCUAUACUCUGGUCACGAAGAGGAAAAUGCUCCACACACUCAGGGAGUUGCUCUAAUGCUAUCCAAAGAAGCACGAAAUGCACUUGUAGGAUGGGAAUCUCACGGAUCCAGAAUCAUCAAAGCAUCAUUCAAAACAAAGAAGGAGGGGAUCACAAUGAACAUUAUCCAAUGUUAUGCACCUACCAAUGAUAGCAACGACGACGUUAAGGAUCAAUUCUAUGAGAGGCUGCAAUCAAUCAUAGAGAAGUGCCCAAGAAAGGACCUCACCAUUCUGAUGGGAGAUCUAAACGCCAAAGUCGGAACGGACAACACCGGAUAUGAAGACAUCAUGGGACUGCAUGGACUGGGAGAGAGAAACGAAAACGGGGAAAGAUUUGCAAAUCUGUGUGCAUUCAAUAAAUUGGUCAUAGGCGGUACAACAUUUCCACACAAACGUAUACACAAAGCUACGUGGAUCUCACCGGACCACACCACAGAGAACCAGAUAGAUCACAUUUGCAUCAAUAAAAAGUUCCGAAGGACAAUGGAAGAUGUGAAAACCAGGAGAGGAGCGGACAUAGCUUCAGAUCAUCACCUAGUUGUGGCCAAAUUGUAACUGUAGCUAAAGAAGAACUGGACAACUGGACAAACAGCACCACAAAGGUUCAAUACAGCCUUCCUUCGAGAUACUGACAAACUCAAUGAAUUCAAGGUAGCUCUCAACAACAGGUUCCAAGCCUUACAGGAUCUACUGAAGGAAGAAGAAACUACUAUGGAGGAUAGCUGGAAAGGUAUCAAAGAAACAUUAACUUCAACGUGUCAAGAGGUUCUGGGCCCCAAGAAACAUCAUCACAAGGAAUGGAUCUCUACAGAAACACUGGACAGGAUC